AUGAUUUCCGCAGAAACCGUCAAACGCCGGGCCACCUCUCGAUCCGCCUGGGUCCUUCCCAAAGAAGAGUCGUGUGUCGCCCCCGAUGAGGUCUGGAGUAACAAGGAUAUGGACCCGGCGCCGAUGGAGCAUCGUAUAUGGACAUCCUGGACCUUUUUCGCGUACUGGAUUUCAGAUCUCAUCACCCCCGGUGGUUGGGCGACGUCGAGUUCGUUCAUCGAGCUUGGACUGACGUGGUGGGAGAGUUGUCUUGCGAUGUAUGUGGGAGGGUUCUUGGUCGCCAUUGUGAUUACUUCCAACGGUUACAUCGGUGCCAAGGUGCAUACUCCUUUCGCUGUCACUUCUCGAUCCGUCUUUGGUUACUGGGGUUCCAAAUUUGUCGUUUUCUCGCGUAUGUGCACGGCAUGCUUCUGGCUCAGUAUCAACUCUUGGUCUGGUGGUGUCUUCAUCAGUCUCAUGAUCGAGGCUAUCUGGCCAUCGUAUGCCAACUUGAAGAACUCGAUUCCCGCCAGUCAGGGCGCUACCUCUAAGGACUUCCUGUCCUUCUUCCUCUUCUGGCUCUUGCAAUUCCCAUUCAUCUUCAUCCACCCCUCCAAGCUCAAGUGGGUCUUCAAUGUCAAAGCUGCGCUCGUCCCCAUCGUCGCUUGUGGAACCCUUAUCUGGGCUUGUAUCAUCGCUUCUCCCAACACCGGCAAGGCUUUGGGUUCCCCAGCGAACAGGGCGGAAGGAGGUACAGCCAGGUUUAUGGCGUUCAUGUACGCUGUCACUGCCGCUCAAUCUACAUGGGCUACUCUCAGUGUCAACAUCGGCGACUUCUCCCGAUACUGCAAGAAACCCUCGGCGUCCUACAUUCAAAUGAUCGUCUUCCCCCUCCUCUACGCCGGUCUCUCGUUCUUCGCCUCCAUCACUGCUUCUUGCGUCGCGUACAAGUAUGGAACGGAGAACUCGUAUUACCAGCCGUACGACAUUGUUGCGCUUUGGAACACUUCUGCUGGUGGUCGAUGUGCUAUGUUCCUCGCUUCUUUCGUCUGGGCAAUGUGCAACGUCACAACCAACAUCACCGCCAACUCCAUCUCCGCCGCCAACGACAUGACCUCCCUCGCCCCCAAAUACAUCAACAUCCGACGCGGCCAAUUCAUCGCCGUCACCAUCGGCGUCUGGGGUUUCGUCCCCUGGAAAGUCCUUGCCACCGCUUCAAACUUUCUCACCUUCAUGUCUUCCUACUCGGUCGUCCUUGCGCCGAUCGCAGUCAUCAUGGUUGUCGACUUCUUCUUUGUGAAGAAGCAAAAGUUGAAUGUGUAUGAGCUUUACAAGCCGAAGGGUAUCUAUCGAUACUCGAAGGGAUGGAACUGGAGGGCGUAUGUGGCGCUUGCGGUGGCGGUCGCUCCCAACUUGCCGGGUAUGGCGAACGCUAUCAACGACUCUAUCUACAUCGGAAACAUCAAGUACAUUUACAUGGUGUCCAACAUCUUCGGUAACAUUGUCGCCUUGACGAUCUACCUCCUCCUCAACCGCUUCUUCCCCCCACACUCCGCCAUCAUCGAGACCGCCGUCCACGACGUCCUCAACGAACCCGAGUACACCCCUUACGACUCUACCUACCCAGUCGCGAAGGAAGAAGCGGAAGUCGGGGUUGAAGCGUGGUCGGCAGCGUCUUCGAAGAAUGGGGAGAAGGGAUUGGAAGGGGAAACGGAUGUGAAGAGUGCCAUCUAG